AUGGUAAAAUACAAAAACAGUAAUUUGUAUAACUUACCAACUUCUCCACCUGGUGUUCGUGGACUUGGUGGUGAUGGUGGACCUGGUGAUGGUGGACUUGGUGAUGGUGGACUUGGUGGUGAUGGACUUGGUGAUGGACCUGGUGGUGAUGGACUUGGUGAUGGUGGACUUGGUGGUGAUGGACUUGGUGGUGAUGGAGGUGGUGUUGGUGGACUUGGUGGUGGUACACUCGAAACAAUCGUGAUAAAGAUGAAGCUAAAGAGAAAGACGGAUUCAAUUGAUGAUAUCUUCAUUUUCUUAUGUUAUGACUUGACGGACGAAAGAUGA